AUGCUUAUACCUACUGAUUCUCUCGCCACCUUAACGUCAACUUCAAAUAUAGAAUUCGAAAAUCUUAUAGUGAACGGCACAGAAGAAGCGGAAGCCGAGGAAAUUAAAGAAUGGCAUUUUCAUGUUUAUUUUUUUCAGAACAAUGAAAAAAGCAAAGCAUCAGCAUUAGUACUUCGACAAAAAAUAAUUGAAUUGACUCGCGAAGGGUUUUUUUAUCCUGUUCCUUCUUCGGUUAAUAUGGCUCCAUUGGGACCUCAUCCAAUUGGUUCGUACGAAGUUUGGUGCCCAAAAGAACACUUCAAUCGGGUAUUCUCUUGGUUUGUGUUACAUCGUGGUCAACAUUCAGUUCUGGUGCAUCCACUAACAGUUGAAGAGAUUAAAGAUCACACUGAACGAGAAGUAUGGAUGGGCACCCCAAUGCCAUUAGACACGGAAAGGCUUCAUGAACGUCUUCCACAAGUGCCAUUACAAUAUCCAGAAUUGAAAAUGGGAUAUUCGGCGCCACCUUCUUCUCG